AUGGCGCCACCCGGUGUUUUACUCGUGCGACUCAGAGCGCUAUGUAAUGUUGGCAAAUGUCUUCGUGCCGGCGGCGAAGCAGCGUCCGGUUGGGGCAGAGACAUGCGGUGGUGUAGCUCCAAGGCUCGGAGCUUCCAGGACCACAGGGCGGUGUAUGCUCAGAGUGACCGAGCUAGCUGGAACCUCCUGAAGGAGUUCCCAGAUCCUAAAGGCCUCCUGAACAGCACUGUGUCCAGCUCACUGGGGGUCAGCGACCUGUCCCGGAUCAUCAAGUACAGCUGCACGGAGGAAGCGGGGGUCAAGAAAGUCACUGUUACAUUGACGUGGCCCCGCAGGAUUGAGGAGGAGGGCUAUGCCUCCAAGAGGGUCGAUGCAGAGCGAUUCGCUGCAGCUGCCGCCUGUCUCACACUCAAAAAAAUGGGUGUCAUCGGUCCAAAUAAUGAGAUAUCCAGCAGGAAAGCCGGCAGGAGGAGAGGAGGGUUACAAUCAGUCCUUCAUGAUAACGAAGAAGACUGCUGGACAGAUGAUGUGUUAAAAGACAAAGCGACUAAAUGGUCUCCUCACAGAGAAGACGCCUACGAUGAUGUCUCUGAAGCUCUUUCUCUGUUUCCACAACCUAAAACUCUUCUGGCCCAGGUCGUCCAGGUGGCCACUUCAACCAGCAGGCUCAGGGAGCAAAUACUGUUCAAAACGACGGGAGGGAAGCUGAAGAAGUGUGAGCUGACCCUGCUCUGGCCCGAGAGGAUGACGUUCACAGCCACAGCAAACAACCGAAUGAGGGCGGAGACGAGGGCCGCGGCGCUCGCCUGCAUGAAGCUGAAGGACCUGGAGCUGCUGGGCGAGAACAACAAGCCGCUGACUCACGCCAAGUACCAUCAAGAGAAGGUGAGGGAGGCCGGAGAGCGGGAGAGGCGGCCGCUUUCGCUGAACAUCCCAGAAGACCUGGAGCAGAGCAUAAGGGAGUAUCUGACAGAGUACCCAGUGGCAGCAGAAGUACAGAAGCUAUGGGAGGAGGAUGAGGAGGCAAGAGGGGAGCAGGCUGCAAACGAAGCAUAUGAGGAGAACGAGGAGGACAAGGAGGACUUUGUGACCGACGCCAUCACGAGCAAGCCGCUCAAGCGUCUGUCCGAGUCGGAGACUCAGCAGCUCAACGCCUACCUGCAGGAGGAAUGGGAGAACGCAAACCCCGGACUGAACGUGGAGCUCCCGGUUGACGCCCACCGCCAGCGCGUGGUCUCGGCUGUGGCGUCCUCCAGGGUGGUGGUGAUCGCCGGGGACACGGGAUGCGGCAAAACAACUCGGAUCCCCCGCUUCCUGCUGGAGGAGCACGUGAGAGGUGGCAGGGGCGCCGACUGCAACAUCCUGGUGACUCAGCCUCGUCGGAUCAGCGCCGUGUCGGUGGCCCACCGCGUUGCUCAGGAGAUGGGUCCGGGUCUUAAAAACAAUGUGGGAUACCAGGUGAGACUCGAGAGUCAACCCCCAGAGCAUAGCGGAGGAGCCAUGCUUUUCCUCACCGUCGGCGUCCUCCUGAAGAAGCUGCAGUCCAACCGGAACCUUCAGGGAAUCAGUCAUGUGGUGGUGGACGAGGUGCACGAGAGAGACGUCAACACGGACCUGCUGCUGGCCUUGCUGCGCUCCAGCUUAGAUGAGAACCCUGACCUUCGAGUCGUGCUCAUGAGCGCCACUGGGGACAACCAGAGGCUGGCUAAGUACUUCGGAGGCUGCCCCAUUAUAAAGGUGCCUGGGUUCAUGCACCCGGUAAGAGACCUAUACCUGGAGGACGUGCUGAGGGAGAUGGGACGCCCACCGCCAGUCAAGAGAGCGCAGAUGGUCAAGCAGGGGGUCAAAGACGACGUCUCACCAGAUCUGGAUUUAGUAGCUGAUGUCAUAGAGCACAUUGACAAACACGGAGAACCAGGUGCAGUGCUGUGUUUCCUCCCUGGGUGGCAGGACAUCAGGAUAGUCCAAGAGAAACUUGAAGAGAAACGACACUUUUCUUCCGGUUCCCCGUUGAUCGUGCCAUUGCACUCUAGUUUGUCAGUGGCUGACCAGCAGUCAGUGUUCCAGCGCCCCCCAGUGGGCCAGAGGAAGAUUGUACUCGCCACCAAUAUUGCUGAGACCUCCAUUACAAUCGAUGACAUUGUCCAUGUGGUGGAUGCAGGAACUCACAAAGAGCAGAACUAUGAUCCGCAGACUAAGGUCUCCUGUCUGGACACAGUUUGGAUAUCCCGCUCUAACGUCACGCAAAGAAAAGGGAGAGCAGGACGAUGCCAGCCAGGGCAGUCCUACCACCUGUUCCCAAGAAAACAGCUGGAAUCCAUGACUCCCUUCCCCAUCCCUGAGAUCCUGCGUACCCCACUCGAGAGUUUAGUAGUGCAGGCCAAAAUCCACAGUCCUGACUCCAAGGCUGUGGCUUUCUUAUCCCAAGUGUUGAACAGUCCAGACAAGCAAUCUGUGAGAGACGCUGUCCGAAAUCUACAAGAUAUCGGCGUUCUGGACAAAAAGGAGACCUUGACUGCUUUAGGAGAGCGUGUUGCCUGCAUGCCGUGCGACCCGCGGCUGGGGAAGGUUCUGGUCCUGAGCACCAUGUUCAGAUGCGUCCUGCCCAUGUUGUCCAUCGCUGCCUGCCUCACCAGAGACCCCUUUCACAACAGCCUGCAGAACAGAGCGCUGGUCAAUAAGGCAAAAGCGGCUCUGAGCGGCUCCAGCUGUAGCGACUAUUUGGUGUUCAGUAGAGCUGUUCUGGGCUGGAGGAAGGCUCAGUACGAGGGCAACCGAGAGCACCGGGACAGAUAUCUGGCCGAAUACAGUCUGUCCGCAGGCAGCCUUCGAUUUAUCAACGGCCUCAUGUCUCAGUUCAGCGACAACCUGUGUGAAGCAGGGCUGGUUUCUCGGGCCAAUGAGUGCCAGCGUCCCAAUUCCCUCUACAACGAGCACAGCCGACAGGAUGAGCUGCUUAAAGCUGUGCUGCUGGCUGGACUGUAUCCCAACCUCAUCAAGGUGAAGAAAGGUGUUGUGACCAAAGGAGGACGCUUUCGUCCCAACAACGUAGCUUUACGCACAUUCAGUGGGCCCGUGCUGCUUCACCGCUCCUCUGUGAACAGAGGAAAAGAGGAUCUCCCUAGUCGAUGGUUGACCUUCUUCAGCGCAGUCAAGUCCAGCGACUGUGUCUUCGUCAGAGACUCGUCUACUGUGCAUCCACUCGCCCUGCUACUGUUCACAGACUGUGAUGUCACAGAGACAGUGACCGGAGACAGAGUGGAAGUAUCGUUUCCUGGACACUCUCUGGUGCACUGCGAGCUGCCAGUGGAGACGUGGGAGCUGCUGUGGGAGCUCCGCACUUCCAUUCAGACCAUGCUGUACCGAAACCUCAACAGUCCCAGCGGCACGAGCACGAACUCGUAUCAAGACGGGGACCUCGUCGCCUUGCUGGUGGAGCUGCUCAACAACACGGAGUCGAAGCCUUUUGCUCAGAAUCACAACAGCGACUGUGAGGUGGAUUGACAGUGAUGUAUGUCUGU